AUGACUGGGGGUAUGGUAAGAUCACUAAAGAUUUCAGUAAUGAAAUGGGUUAUCGCGGAUCUAAAUCAGAUAAGGGUUACUUUAUCUGUAAAAGAGCAACGAGUAGAUGGUUCUUCAAAAUCUAGAAAUUUAGAUUUUGUAAGGUGUACUCUAGUCGCUGGGAAACCAGUUUUAGGGAGAAAAAUCCCUUUCCAUCCUAAUAACUGCAAAGUUGUAACCGGGCUUUUAUCACCAAGAGCUUUUAUACAUACAACUAAAUCUAUAGGAGAUAAUCUCACUCUAAGUAAACAAGUAAACAAUAUAUUUGGAGAAAAAAACUCUAAUAUAAAAUUAAACCCUUUAUUUGUAACCGGGUUUGUAGAUGCAGAAGGAUGUUUUGCAAUAGGAUUAUUCCUUAGUAGUAAUUACAAAAUGGGUUAUCAAACUCAAGCAAUAUUCAAAAUUACUUUACAUAAAAAGGAUUUUAAUUUAUUAUCUCAGGUUAAAGAUUAUUUUGGUGUAGGAACUAUUACGAAACAUGGUGACACCACUAUAGAAUAUAGAGUAAAAUCUUUAAAAGAUUUAGAUUUAAUUUUAUCUCAUUUUGAAAAAUAUCCACUUAUUAGUCAAAAAUGGUCUGAUUUAGAACUUUUCAAGUUCGCUAUUUCAUUACUUAAAAAUAAAGAACAUUUGACUAAAAAAGGGUUUAAUCAAAUACUUGGCAUUAAGUCUUCUAUGAAUAAAGGUUUAUCUGAGGAAUUACAACUAGUUUUCCCUUAA